AUGAAAAACAAACCACAGAAGCAUAAAGCUUCCAAUGCGUUUCACUUCAAAUCGUUCCGGGAGCGUAUUAAUGAGAUCGAUGUGCGCCGUGGAGCACUGUACCGUGUGGAGACUGACUACGAGCUGCCGGAAACCGAGGAUGGUACCUUCUUCCAGCAGUCGUUGGUGAAGUGGUCCGUGCAAAACCUAACCGAUGAGUACACGGCCUAUCAGCGUGGCUUUAAGGAGACGGCCACGUUACCUCUGCUGCUGUUUCACAAGGAAACAAUCGUUAACCAUCUAACUAGUUGCUUAACCAAUGCAACCGACGAUGCGUUGCAGCCUUUGCUGGAGCUGGUGGUGGCACUGGCGAAGGAUAUGCGGAAAGAAUUUCGACCGUACUUUGCCGGUUUGUUUGAGGUGGUGGUGCAAUUUCUGUACUCGGACAGUGCGGAUCGCGUUGAGUGGACAUUGCUGUGUUUAGCACAUAUGUUUAAAAUUUUACGCAGCUUCCUGCGAAGUGAUUUUUCGCUUACCUUCAACCGAUUGCUACCAUUGCUGGAUGAAAAAAGCAGUCCACCACACGCCAUAGACUUUGCAACGGAAUGUCUCGGCUACUUAGUACGUGAUCUCAAAGACAAGGGACCGUUCGUAAGCUUAAUGCUGAAGUGUGAAAUGCAGAACGAUGCGUACACGUUUGCGUGCGGAAGAUUGCUGUUCGAGGUGUUGCACGGCGUGCAAGAGCAAUUCCACACGACGGCGAAACAAACGUUGCUGCAGCUGUACAACAUUUUGCAACAGCUGGAUGAAACGGAAGCAGAUCAUUUGCAGGACAUACUUACACAAACGAUAACCGAUAUUGUGGAACGGAUCCAGCCGGCGGAUAUUCCCACCUUCUGGGAAACGAUACGCGUUACCGUUGAUGGAUGCUUGGCGACGGUUGAUUCGCAACGGGAAAGUUCAACGGUUGCAGAUGAUGAGGACCGGACGGUGAAAUAUUUAACCCGCCUGUUGCAGCUGAGCGGGAUUGUUUUGGAACACAAAUAUGGCCUGUUGCUCGGUGACGCACUGUCGGUUACAGUAUCACAGCUGAUCCGUUUGCUGACUACUUUCUCUACGCCUACCAUGGAGUUUAAGCAAACGAUCGUUAAUCACAUCAUCAUCAUACUUCGCUCGAGACACCUUCGCCUUACACAGCUAGAAGCGAGCCGGUUGACGAUGAAUGUGCUGCUGCAGGAUCACCGUCCGCUUUACGAUCGCUUCAUCGAUGCCACCGUACACAGCCCCAUGUUUGAAGCUCUAAUAUGGCCUAAUUUCGUAAAACGGCUUGAACAGGAGCUGGAUGAUGCGAGAAUGCACUUUUUGGCCGGAUUGCUGUUGAAAAAGUCACCGCUGUGCGGUAACGGGUUCAACCUAGAAGAUUGGAAACCGUUUCCAGUGAAUGUGGUGCCAAAUGGGAGUGUGGAGAAGUACAUGAAGCAACUACUGCUAAGCAGUACCGCACGGAUGCCGGAUAGCUGUGAUCUCUUCCUGAGCGCUUUGAUCGUUUUACCGCAUUUGGGUAAUUUUCGGGAGAAAGCAGCCGUCAACGGCGCGAUACGCGAUUUUAUCAAAUUCGCAGUACAAUCACUUCAAAAUGACACAAUGGCUAAAUCGAAGCAGCAACAACUGGUAAAAUUAAUCGCCGUUGCUGUAGAAACGAUUGUGCACCUGGAGGAAAUGGAUGGCAUAGCUUACUUCGAUCUAUUGGAAUGUUUGCUCCCGGUUCUUACCGUGCACGAGUGCUUGCUGCUCAACAGUGUCCACCUGCUUAUCGUACACAUUGCAAACCAGCGCAAAAAUGUGAUUACUUUCGAACGGUUUAAGCGUAUCCAACGGUUCAUAGAUCCGCUUCUGUCAUCGUACGACAGCACGGUGAGACGACUAGCUUGCGCCAUUAUGGCAAUAUUUGCCGAGCUUCCCGAGUUGGCAAGCGGUAUGGGUUCUCUUUACGGUACGCUGGCGCAAAUCGAAUGUAUCGAACCGCUGAUACACACCUACCGCGGGCAAGUGAUGCUCUUUCAAAACCUGAACUUUGACGGUCAAUUAUGUCAACAGGCGGCCGAUGUUGCACGCAACGAAUGGACGGAAACGGUACUGCGCUAUAUGCUGUCGGUGUUUGCCAUCAAUUUCAAGCUGCUGUGGGAACCGGCCGGAACGGUCGUGCAAACGUAUGCCGAUAAUAUGGUGAAAAAGGAUGAGGAGAUCUUUUGGAAGGUGUUUGACACGAUGUUAACGAUGGCGGAAGAGCGAAAGCCUCAUGCGGAUAUGAACGACACGGUUGCUUUAUUGGAAAACUCGACCGAAGGUGAAGCCGUUAGUGAUGGAUCCGUAGUUGAUAACGAGGAAGAUGGAGAACGGGAGGAGGAAGAUGAGGAGAAUGAGAAGUCUAAGGGAUCACUCUUUCCCAAACUGUUGGAAUAUUUUCCAAAAACAUCAACCAUUGACUACAUGAAUGUGCGUAUUCAGCAGCUUCGAAUGCUGCACCGUUGUACAAACUUUUGCCGCUCAAAAGGCGACCGUAUCGUGGAACGUUUCUUUGCCUUCCUAGAGCAGGACAAAACAAUCACGAACUCAACCGAUACAGAAGCGGCAGACGAUACACUAAUGCCAAGUACGAUGGACAGAAAAAUAAAGCACAAAAGUAGCAAAUCAGCCGGAGCCGGAACACAUCAGGUGUUGCUUAGCUAUUUAAAAAUUUGCUCCGAGGUAUCGCCAAAAACGGUGCGCAAACAUGCCGAUCGAUUAUACGCCACGUACGAAACGCUUGUUAGCAGCCGCAACGAAGAAAUACAACAGAUUUCACUGAACGGUAUAUUUGCCCUGGGAGGAUCACAGCUAACACCUUACAAAGAUUUUAUCAACCGUUUAACGAGCGAUAAAACGCUCAAACAAGCGUUACUGUCCGUGUUCGUCCCUUCGGAAGAUGACGAUGAGGCAGCGGAAGAUGGUGGUGGGUACACUAGUGCCAGCGGACGGACAACAGUGGCCGAAGAACAUCGUCCGAAAGUGUUGCAACUGGUGAUGAAAGUGUUGGAUGGGAAAAUUAAACAAAAUCUCGGCACCGGUGGCGCAGGCGGUCAACAUAAAGCUACCAUCCUUACCUUUCUUGGUCGUCUGCGGGUGGAAGAGCUAGAACUGUUGCUGAAUCGUUGGUUUGCGGUUUAUUUGCAGUUGCUGAAAGCCACUCCGGUGCAAACGGUACGUUUCCUUACGGAUGCCUUAGACAAUGGGACAGACGUAGUGGCAGUACCGACACCGUUUAAGGUGAAAACGUUGCUUAACUUCUUGGCCUCACUGCAAACGGAAAUUGCGCCACUGAAAUCGGCUGCGUUUGCUGGCAAAAUUAUGCAUUUAAAAAUAUGUUUCGACACGCUGCUGGUACGGUUGGAUCACUCCAUAUACCGGAAGUAUAAAAAUCAAGCGCUAUUGGCGUUGGUGGACCUCUUCGAUCAAUAUGACUCCAGCUACCAGUGGACGGACGAAGAGCUGGAUGCCAUCAUGCAGGUCCACGUCUGGCCACAGCUGAAGCUACUUCCAAGCGACAGUAUUCAUACGCCAACACCCCUGCUCAAGCUGCUGCUAACUUGGAGCCAAAGCGAACGAUUUUAUGUCCUGCUGGAGCGUCACAACACCGUCGAUCAUGAUGAAGCUGCGAAUGAAGAGGAAGAAUAUUGUCCCACCACACCGCUCGAUGCGAUGAUCAGUUUGUUGCGUGGCUCUCAAACAAGCGGAUCGGUUUGUCAGCGAAUUUUCACCGCACUCGCAGCCAUGUUGCAAGGUGACGAACGCAGCAAGUCACAAACAAACGACGACGAACCAAUUGAUGGGCGGGAAACAACAGCAAUAGUGAAGUUAACCGGUCGUAGUCGAUUGCUGAUACCGUACGUGAAAGAUUUGCUCCAAUACAUACGGCAAGCAGUUAAGGGCAAAAAAAUGAUAUCGAGCGACCUGCUGCUUAUACUAACACGUUUAGCCGAAACGGGGAUGAUCGGCUGCGAUCAGAAGGAUGAAGCACGGAUCGAGAAUGAUCGCGUAUCGUUGCUGAAUCUACUGUUCCCGAUAAUAUCGCGAAAGCUGCAUGAGAUGGGUGGUGACGAUCAUCAGCAAGCGUGUGAGGACAUCAGACGGUUGCAUAUUAUUAUUUCGCGGCUUUUAAACGACAUUAACGAUCCGCUACGUUACCUAAAGCAACUGGCUUCAUUGCUGCAGAAUAUAAAGGAGCGCGGUGCACGUAAAAUGUUGCUACAAAUCUUUGCAAACCUUGCACACCAUUCGCCGGAAAUGCAACUGAUCAACACGCUUAUCCAUGGGCUGAACGCGAUGGACAAGCGUUGGGUAGAACAGCCGGAUCAUACCACCCGUACCGCAGCGUACAGAUCGAUCGAUCGGCUACUUUCCGCCGAUGCUCCUGACGGUGCCCGUAUGACCGGUAACGUUGCGAUCGUGUUUCUCUCGCAAGCGUUCCACGUGCUGCAGUAUGAGAAGGAUUUUUCGCCACGCCAAAAUGCCACCGAGUACGUGGGCAAGGUAGUCCUGCAUCUGGCAUCGGUGAACGAUUGGUCCGCCGAGUUACGCUACUGUCUGGAAUGUAUCGUACUGCAGGGUGUCAUCGAUGGGUUUAAGGUGAAGCGUACCGGCAGCGAACGGCGCAACGAGUCGAUACAGCUGCUCGGUGAGCUUAGCCGAAUCGUCGGAAAACCGGGCGUGACGGCACACCCGGACUGUCGAGUGUUUGCCGAGCUGUGGCAUUUUACGGCCCCGGGAGACGGUGCCGAACGAGACUUCUUCGAGAACAUCACCCAUCUGCAGCCGUACAAACAUCGGAAAGCGAUGAAACGGCUUGCCGUUAAGCUAGCCAGCAUGGCCAGCGGCGAAGGCGAAAAGAAUGAUACUGUUGGUGCCGGUGGUCCGUCAGCACGCACCAUCGUCAACUAUCUGCUGCCAAUAGUUUCGCACUACAUCUGCCACGAUGAGUACAAGAUGCAAACGAAUCUGGUAGAGGAAGCCGGCAAUUGUAUCAUCAAUCUGUGUCGUCUGCUACCCUGGCGCGGUUACCACACGGUACUGCAGUUGUACUUGCGCAAGCUGAAAUACUCCUGGGAGUAUCAGAAACAGCUGCUACGCAUUGUGAUCGGCAUAAUGGAUGCGUUUCAUUUCGAUCUUUCAACGGCAGUGUCUGCAUCAGUGAACGAGGACAACAAUCCAACCAAAAGCGGUAACGCUUUGAUGGAUAAAAAGCUUACACUAAAAGACACGUCGGAUGAAACGGAGGGCAGUAAGGAGGAAAACGCCACCGCCACCACAGUAACUGCGGAAGAAAGCAAUAAUAAUGGAGGUGACGAAAAAGGCACAGAAAAUGAUCAGGAAAAAACGGAUGUUGUGGAAGAGGAGGAGAGCAUGAUCGUUGAUGAUGCGGAAAUCGAACCAAUGGCAAGCGAUCCGACCAAUGCAUUGCGUGUGGCACGUGAAAUCGUGCACGACAUAUCGAGAACGAUCAUUCCGAGUUUGCUGUCAUCGUUUAACUUCGCCACCGAAUCACCCGUAACGGUUUCCAGUGGUGGUCAAAUGGACAAGAAGGCGCGCUUCGCAAAGCAACGAACGGAGAUGCUAAAGCUCCCGAUAGCGAUCGCAAUUGUGAAGCUGUUCAUGAAGCUUCCGCGCAAAGAGAUUGAGCUAAAUCUGCCUAAACUGAUCAUAAAGGUAAUAACGUUCCUGAAAUCGCGCCUCAAGUUGGCACGCGUGCAAGCGAGAAAUACGCUCGCGCACAUUACGCUCGAGCUAGGACCAUCGUACAUUUCAUUCGUGCUGCAGAAUCUGUUAGCUAUGUUGACGCGGGGGUUCCAGCGCCACGUGUUAACCUUCACCGUCCAUACCAUUAUCGAGCGCGCACAGAAACAUCUCGCCGGUGGUUCGGUGCUGGAAAACAUACUGCAAACCGUACUGCACAUCUGCACCGAAGAUAUAUUCGGCCAGCUGAUAGGGCUUAUGAACGGAACGACCAUCGAGACGGGUUCGUUGAAGAAGAACUCCAUGCCGGAAUCGAAAUCGAGCCGCAAACCAUACCAAACGCUAUACAUUCUCGCGAAGAAUGUGCGGGAGCGCAUGUUGGUCGAUCUGCUUACACCGUUCCGUGCGAUCCUGAGCCGAUACCGCACGCAUCAGACGGUGGCCAAGGUGCACGAUGCAUUGCACCAGCUAGCGGAGGGCCUGGUAGCGAACGAAUCGAUCAGUCCCGAAUCAUUGCUCGUGUUCGUGUACGGUAUGGUGACGGGGAAAGUCUACACGCAGUGCGGAAGCCAAGGAACAGCUGACCAGGAACAACCGCAAACGGACGACGAGAAGAAACAAGCAGCGAAAAAGCUGUUGGGCAGCGUACCCAAACCGGGCAGUAUUUUUAUAAUACCCGAAGAACCGAAACGGUAUGGUUCCGCUGCGGGAACUGCAACAUUGGAUCACAUUCUUGCCAAAUCCGAAGGAAACGAUCCCGCUUUUCUCGAGUGCGGGCUGGAGAUACUGUUAAGCUUCAUUAGGCGCAAACAGCUCGGCGCCCGGAUUGAUUCGGACCAGGAAGAACUCGUCCGACAGCUUAUCGAUCCGAUCGUACCGACGUUGAUAGAAUCGCUCGACUCGAAGCACUCGAAGAUUAUUUGCCAUUCAAUCAAUUGCUUCAGUGCGCUGUGGAGCACCCAAUGGCAGUUGAAAAGUUUCCAGCAACGCGAAACAAUAGACACGAUCGUGAAGUCGAUCUUUACCAUACUGCACCGUUACAACACGGUCGCGCUGGACAUCAACAAUCCCAACUUUGGUAUGGUCCGAGCCAGCUUUAGGGCCAUCGUUGCCGUGCUGAAGCAUGGCAAAGAAUCGUACACCUUCUCGACGGAACAGUUGCGCCUGUUGGUGAUGUACAUUGAACAGGAUUUGGCGGUUGGUGGUGGUCGUCAAACGACCGCAUUCAUACUGUUGCGAUCGCUGCUCGCACGCCGCUUCUCGUUCGCCGAACUGAACAGGCUCAUGAACAAGGUGUUCGAUAUUUGCGUGCGUUCGGAAAGUGAGACUGUUCGGGCGGAAUGUCGAGUGAACAUAGUGGAAUACAUUAUGAACUUUCCGACGAGCAAAAGGGUAUCCAAACAUUUGUGGUUUUUUGCCACCCAACUGCAGUAUGCGGUACUAUCCGGACGCGAAUCUGCCUGUUUGGUACUAAAAACUUUGUUCCAGAAGCUUCCAAAGGCAACUGUAGUGCAAAAUCAUGUCUCCAUCUUUUUUGUGCUAGGCGUCCAAUUGGCCAACGACGAUGCGAUCGAAAUCCGUACGCUUGCAGCCGAUUGUAUUGAAACACUGCUGAAGCGUCUCGAUACCAAGGAUAAAGUUGCACUGGUGGAGCUUCUGCAGGAGAUGCUUUGCGGCGCGUCGCUCAAGCAUCGCGAACUCGCCACACAGCUCUUGCUGCGCAUUAUUCGUAGUGAACCUACGGCACCAUUCAUCCGUAGCUGGCUGGACACUGUGCUCCCGACUUUGCUAGAAAAUUUGGUCCCAGUAGCCAAUGGUGCAACAGCAACGAGUAAGCAGGGUAAAUUUGUAAAACCACUAGCACCGAUCACCACCCUGCUAAGCACUGAUCCGUGGGUCGAUCAUUUGAUCAUACAGACUCUGAACGUGUUUGAAGCGUUAUUGCGACUGUAUCCGGCUAUGCUAACGACUGCGAAGCACAACGAUGCGGUCGAUUCACUAGCGUACACCGCACAAUCCUUACUGAACAGUGGUCACCAGUGGGUGCGUAUCGGUGCUCUUAAGCUGCUGCAUCAAAUCUUGAACGAGCUUGAUUUUGACGCCAUUCACGAGCGUAUCCGAUAUGUACGAGAGCAUCGAAAUACGAAACAGGAGGAUGAGGACGAAGGGAUGGAAUUGGACGCCGAACAGGAGAUCGAAUGCACGACAGCAACGCCCCCCACGGCCAAACAAUUCUUUUACCUAAAUCCACUGCGUGACUGUAAAACUCUAACGCUCGAUCUGUGUGCCCAGCUGACGCCUAACAGCGCGAUGGUGAACGAACAAGAUGACGAGGCAGCUUCACUCGUUACGCAGCUGCUGUUCCUGAUAGCGAACGUAUUGCGCGCCGUACCGCUGGAAGGUGAACAAAUGUCAACGAAAAAGAUUAACCUGUACUGGUUGGUGCGCAGGGUACGCUAUAUUAUGCAGAAUGAAAUUGUAAAAACACCGCAUCUAUUUACACUGCGGAAACACGCCUUGCACUGGAUAGCAUCGGUGGUAGCAAUCGUGGAGCAGGAUAUGCUGGAACAGCUGGCACCUGCACUGCUAAUACCGGCCGUUCGUGAACUCACCGCGCAAGACAUUUCCGGCACACGUACCGCUAACGAUCCAUUAAAGGUUACCCUCCGAAAGGUGGCGUCCAAGGUGGGCAAGGAAAUAAGCACACGGCUCGGUACGGAGCAGUACGACAAGAUCCGAAACGCAAUCGAGACAUCAUUACGUCGCAAGCGCGCGGGUCGUCGGGUACAGCUGGCACAGGAAAAGAUAAACCAACCGAUCCUGGCAGCACGUCGCAAAGAUGCAAAAAAGACACGCACCAAGGAGGCAAGGAAGCGUAAGAUGCAAAACCGCGAUGAUCCGUUUGAUUUGGACGCACCGAGCAGAGGUGGUGUAAUUCCGGGAAUGAAACGUCGUGCCAAGUCGGCAACACGGGCAGUUCCGAAAAAGAGGCGAAAUAUGGAAGCAAUGUUCAGGGAUUGAAUUGAACAGAUCGUCCCAAAAAUAUUAUCGGCGGAAUAUAUGUUUUGCUGUGAAUCAAUCAAUAAAAUGAUCAACUAAUGAAAUGAAUUAUCGUAUCGUAUUAAGAAUGUACAUCGUUAAUCUUUGUUAAGUUGGCAACUGGCAUUCC